GAAUUAUUUACAGACUGCGAAGACGAGGCUGUAUAUUCUGUCUGUGUGUCAUGCCAACUCAGAGCUAUUUUGAGUAAGACCAAUAAAUCGUAAUAUUUGGGCAGUUUGGUGAAAUAUGGACGUCCCAUCGGAGUUCAGAAAUCGUAAGUCUGGUAAAAGAAAAUCCAAGAAAGGAGGCUUGAAACCUCAGCUUUAUGAAGACACAAGUAUGCAGCCUCCGCCUCAACAAUAUGGAGCGCCACCUGGACAUGGAUACAACCCAGCUGCUUAUGGUGGACAGCCAGGAAUGGGUCAGUUCCCAGGAUCUCAGUAUCUCAAUGACCCAAUGACAAACAUGGCCAUGCAGUAUGGGCAGUCCCUGGCAGGCCAAAGUACAGAGUUCGUACACAAAAACAUAGAAAAAUAUGUAGCAACAUCCAGACUUAAAUACUACUUUGCAGUAGAUACAGCUUAUGUCGUGAAGAAACUCAGAUUGUUAUGUUUUCCAUUUACCCAGUCUGACUGGUCAAUAAAAUUUAAUCAAGACCAACCUGUGGCACCAAGAGAUGAUUGUAAUGCCCCAGAUUUAUAUAUACCAUCCAUGGCAUUUGUCACAUACAUACUCAUUGCUGGAGUAGUAUUGGGAACUUAUAACAAAUUCACUCCUGAGCAACUUGGGAUACAGACAAGUUCUGCAUUGGUUUGGCUCAUCUUGGAACUCUUUGUUUUAAACAUGAGCUUAUACAUUAUGAACCUAAAAACUGAUCUAAAAUACCUAGAUAUUUUAGCAUAUUGUGGAUAUAAAUUUGUAGGAAUGAUUCUCUGUCUACUAGGGGGAAUGCUGUUCCAGUCGACAGGGUACUAUGUCAGCUUACUGUGGUUCAGUAUAACCAUAGCCUUCUUCCUGGUGCAGACAUUGCGUGUGAAGAUACUGCCCCACUCAGAUGAAAGUCAUAACUCCAGGGGAAGUAAGCGAAGUCUGUAUCUCAUCCUGUCCAUGUCUUUGCUUCAACCGGUCAUGAUGUGGUGGCUGACUGGCUACAUAAUGUUCGCUAAGUGAAACCAUCCAGUGCAUAGUUUGACGGCCACUUUAAUGACGAUCCAGAGAUAGGAAGAACUCUACGAACUGUGAUGAAAGUGAAAUCAGAGAUUCAUACAAUAUUUACUGAUGUGAAAAUUCAUUUUGGGGAAGAAGUUGAAUGGAUGACAGACAGAGUAAAAGAGAAAUCUGCUCAUAUGAUAUUAUGAAACGUGUUGGGUGAUGACACACACUGAUUGGAAGAACGAAAGAAAUUGAAGGUUACGGAAGUCUUUAUCUGUGAUGGGAUAGUAGUAAUAUUUAUGAUGUUAUAGUAUGUACCUAUUUGUGCCAAAGCUGUACAAUGACUGCCUGCUUUAAAGUAAAUGUAUGAAUGGAU